AUGGAGAAACAAGCUCAACUGCCGAAAGAGGAAGCACUGAUGCAAGCUCCAGGAGCACUAGGCCACAGCGUCGUCGUUGUGGCUAUGAUUUGUCUGCGUCAAGAUUCCAUGCUUCUGUUGAGCCAAGCCAGCAUGGCAAGCACGCAGUCUUGCGAUAUUCAAUUCCAGGUCAUUAACAACGAAUUCGUGGGAGACCCUUUCGCUUUACCACAUGUAUGCUUGCCAGUGAAGACUGCGCAGGAUAAAGUAGAGCGACUAGUAUACGGAGAAUGCAAGAAGAUCCGUGACGAUAAGAAUUUAGCAGGAAGAAGCACCCUUCAAGCAUGGCACGACAUUCAAGACUUCAUAGAUGAAUGCUGCGGUGAUAACGAAGAAGAAAAAAAUGAUAUGCUGUACUUUUUCCAUAAAGACGGCUUUAGCUCCCGCCAAAGAACCAUACGAAGGGCCAUCAGAAGUUUGGAGGACCCGAGUUGCACGAUGGAAUCAAUUCCAGCGAGGCAUGCAGCACUCUCGGAUGGAUCACGCUUCCUCCAAUUUCAAAAUCCGGGUUUGCAUAUGUACUAUUCGGCGGACACGAUAGAGAUGGCGCGCACCCAUGGACUGUAUGCGUUGGUAGCGGAUGGCGUGCAUGACUUGCAGCCUGAUGCUACCAAGAAGAAGGGACAGUUAUAUACAGUCCAUGGUAUUUGUAACAAUACAGUAGACAUGCCGCUGCUGUACGCUAUCACGACGUCGAAGACGGAGCGGACGUAUGAGCUCAUCUUCCUGCAGCUCAAAGAAGAAUUGGAACGUCAUGGGGCACUCCAUAGGCUGAGGGUUGUGUUAGAUUUUGAGAGGGCUUCCAUAGCUGCAGCAAAGAAGGUGUUCCCUCAAGCGUCUGUUGAGGGACCUGAUCUAGACCGCACACAUGAAGCUUAUGAAAAGUGUUGCCAAUUUUUGCGCUAUCUUAAAACAACAUGGUACUCGGGCCCUUUCAAAAACUUGUGGAACAAAUGGGCAAUCGAGGACACAAGAACCACCAAUGCGGCAGAAGCCUUUCAUAGAAGGCUCGGAGAGAUGCUCAAAUGCAAAUACCCGUCAAUGUCCAAGCUGCUAAAACGCUUGCGCAGCUGCAACACAGAAGCUAAAGCAGAGAUUAUUCGCAUGGAAAGGAGGCGCACUGGUAAAGUACUGAAGAAGAGGGACAGGAUAAGACGCGCAAAAAUUCUUGCAGUGAUGAGGCGCUAUGAACAAGAAUUUUCCCCAAGCAAUCCCAUUCCCCGCACAACUAUGAUAUCAAUGUAUUGUAGAAAGAUGUCGCAGUUUGUGACUAAUAAAGUAAAUUGA